CGACGACGCAGUCGCACUGAUCAUGGUCGUGCAAGCGGGCAACACAGUCCAAUGCACAGGAGGGACUCGAAUAUGAGCACUUCGAGCUUCCUAGAUGAUGUGGAAAUGGCCCAUGAGGAGGUCUUCGGCGGCCCGAUGGCAGAGAGCGUCCCUACAAGUGUCUCAUCGUUUGCACAUCGCCGGGGGAGAGCAGACUCGUCUGCCAGCUUCACUUACUACCAGGAGGAUGAGGACGAGGACGCGGGCGCGGUGCUACCACUAUUGGAGGACGAUAGUGCAAUCUUGGACGAGGAGGAGGAUAUACAGGAUGAGGAAAACGAUUCCGCCGAUCUCGAGGCAGGCGGGCUCUCCACAAUUAGGAGGCCCUCCUCCACUCGCUCGAAAGCUUCAGUGCACGAUCGUCUCCUCCGGAGUGACAGUACGAGGACAGAUGGAAGCAACUUCGAUCGAGGACAUCGGACCAGUCAGAAGAUAUACAUAGUCACAGAGGAUUUGACCAUUGCUGUGGCUGGAUUCCAAACAAGCACGUUUGGGUAUGCUUUGUACGUGACGAUUUGCGUACUCACACUGGGGAUUGGCUACCUGCUCCUGCGUUGGCUGCCUCGGUGGAAAGUACGCAUAGUUGGAAGACCAUCCCCCUUGGGCCAUUGCAGCUGGGUUGUCAUUGAGAACCAAUGGGGAGAGUUCGUCAUUCAAGAUGUAGAAUCUCACGAAUACGGUCGCUUUGUAUCCACGGUUUUCGGCUCUUCAGAGAAGAAGUUUGUCGUUUCAUAUGAGGAUGAUGACCCUAUCCUUGACGAACUUCGAAUCCUCGAUUACAGAUAUAUGCGAUUUUGCUAUAAUCCUCUAAAGGACAGGUUCAUUCUGUGUAAUAGCUGGAAGGACCCUGCCUGGACGGAUGUCAAAUCUAUCCGUGCUGGGAUAGAUGGUGACGAGAAAGAGAACCGAGAGCUUGUUUUCGGCAAGAACUUGAUUGAUAUCAAGCAGAAAACCAUUCCUCAGCUUCUGGUCGACGAGGCCUUUCAUCCCUUCUACGUCUUCCAGGUUGCUAGUCUGAUACUCUGGUCACUUGACGAGUACUAUUAUUAUGCUGCUUGUAUUUUCCUCAUAUCUGUCACCAUGCGACGCCUUAGAGAAAUAUCAAGAUUUGAAUGCGAUGUUCGCGUUCUUCGCAACUCAUUUUGGCGUUACAUUCCAUCCAGCGAACUCGUUCCAGGUGACGUCUAUGAAGUAACAGACCCAGCCUUGACUCAAUUCCCCUGCGAUAGUAUACUAUUAGCCGGUGAUUGCAUUGUCAAUGAAAGCAUGCUCACGGGCGAAUCUGUUCCCGUUUCAAAAGUUCCAGCGAGUGAUGAAUCUCUUCAUCGUCUUAACCUCGCAGCUUCGUCUAUUGCGCCCGAAUUGGCAAGGCAUUUCUUGUUCUGUGGUACCAAAAUUAUCCGUGCACGACGUCCACAAGACGAUAAAGACGAUGAGGCUGUUGCUCUUGCUAUGACGGUUCGAACAGGCUUUAACACUACGAAGGGAGCUCUGGUCAGAUCGAUGCUCUUUCCCAAGCCUUCUGGUUUCAAAUUCUACAGAGAUUCUUUCAGAUAUAUCUCUGUUAUGGGUGGGGUUGCGAUGCUUGGGUUCAUUGCCUCAUUCGUGAAUUUCGUCCGCCUGAGAUUGGCUUGGCACUUGAUAAUCAUCAGAGCGCUAGACCUGAUUACGAUUGUGGUGCCACCAGCUUUGCCAGCAACCUUGACAAUUGGAACCAACUUCGCCCUUUCUCGCCUGCGCAAAAAGCAGAUUUUCUGCAUUAGUCCCCAAAGGGUGAAUGUUGGUGGCAAGCUGGACAUCAUCUGUUUUGACAAAACUGGGACACUCACGGAGGAUGGCCUUGAUGUUCUUGGGAUUCGAGUGGCACAGAAACCAUCGAAUCGAUUCAGCGACAUUCUUCCAGAUGCCCAGUCUUUGCUACCUGGUGCAGCCUAUGAAAGAGAUCCUACGGUCGAAUAUGACCACCACAAGGCCGCGCUCUAUACAAUGGCUACCUGUCACUCGCUCCGGAUGGUUGACGGCGAGCUUGUAGGCGACCCACUCGAUUUAAAAAUGUUUGACUUUACUGGCUGGACAUUCGAGGAAGGGGAACAAAGAGCCGGGAAUACCGAGGACGAGGAUCAAGGUGGUCUCUCGCCGUCCAUUGCCCGACCACCUGCUGGGAUGGAAUAUGACUUGGACGACAAUGAAGAUGGACAAAAUUCACCUAGAUCCCCAAUCGAGCUCGGUGUGUUAAAGUCAUUCGAAUUCGUGUCCCAGCUUCGGAGGGCAAGCGUAAUUGUGCGCAACUUUGGGUCACCAGGCUGCGAUAUUUAUGUGAAAGGCGCGCCAGAAUGCAUGAAAGACAUAUGCAAAGCCGAGAGUUUUCCUAGCGACUAUGAAGAUCUUCUCGCCUACUAUACGCACAGGGGCUUUCGAGUUAUUGCCUGUGCUACUAAACACAUUGCCAAACUUAAUUGGGUGAAAGUCCAGAAGAUGAAGCGCGAUGAAGCUGAAUCGGGGCUAGACUUCAUUGGAUUCAUUAUAUUUGAAAAUAAGUUGAAGCCUAGUACAACUGGUGUUCUGGACGAACUCUCUAAAGCCGGGAUAAGGAAAGUCAUGUGCACUGGAGACAACAUCUUGACUGCAAUAAGCGUUGCUAGGGAAUGCAACCUUAUCGACAGGACUGCUCACUGCUUUGUUCCUCGCUUUGUCGAAGGUGACUCUCAAGAUCCUAAGGCUUGCCUGUCUUGGGAAAGUAUAGACAACAAUAUCUACAGGCUUGAUGAGCGAACUCUUACACCCCUCCCUCCGCCCGCUGAGGGAGAUGCAUCUCUUCCCUAUGACAUUUCUAACCUUCGAAACUAUUCUCUAGCAGUGAGCGGAGAAGUAUUUCGUUGGAUUGUUGACUUCGCUCCUCCUGAAGUGUUGCAAAGGAUGCUUGUCUGUGGACAAGUCUUUGCUCGAAUGUCUCCAGAUGAGAAACACGAACUAGUAGAGAAGCUUCAGAGUAUUGGCUACUGUUGCGGAUUUUGUGGUGACGGUGCCAAUGAUUGUGGGGCUUUGAAGGCCGCGGAUGUUGGUAUAUCCCUCUCUGAGGCUGAAGCGUCGGUUGCUGCUCCGUUUACAAGCCGGGUGUUUGAUAUAACGUGUGUUCCAGAGGUUAUUAGGGAAGGUCGAGCAGCGCUAGUCACGAGCUUCAGUUGCUUCAAGUAUAUGAGUUUGUACUCCGCGAUUCAGUUUACAUCUGUCAGCUUUCUGUAUGCGUCCGCGUCAAACUUGGGAGACUUCCAGUUUCUCUUCAUCGAUCUGUUAUUGAUCUUGCCGAUUGCCAUCUUCAUGGGAUGGACCGGGCCUUUUCCAGUCUUAUCUAAAAAGCGCCCAACAGCAAAUCUAGUAUCACGAAAGGUCUUGACUCCAUUACUGGGUCAAGUUGCCAUUUCUAUCCUGAUCCAAGCUGUGGCUUUCCAAGCUGUUCGUAGACAGCCCUGGUUCAUACCACCUCAUCUUGAUAGAGAAAAAUCCAACAUUGAAAAUUCCGAGAAUACCACUUUGUUUUUGGUAUCCUGCUAUGAGUACAUCCUCUCUGGUAUCGUCCUGAGCGUCGGGCGUCCGUUCCGUCGACCGAUGUCACACAAUCUACCUUUCGUCGUCACCAUUGUGGUCACCUUACUAUUCUCCUCUUAUAUGUUGUUUGACCCAUCAGAUUGGCUGGCAAAAUUUAUGCAGCUGACCAAGAUGAGUUGGGGAUUU